UCAGCCUUUAUGGAGCUCAGUACACACAGGGACACAGCGCUGGGACUGUCCUGCAGGACAGACACACUGCUGGGCUCUCCCAGCUCUUAUAUCAGUACAGACACGUGAUCGAGGACAGUCCUGUGUGCUGUCAGUCUGUCCUGAGCUCAGCACACACUGGGACACAGUUGCUAGUUUAGUUCUUGCUAGCUGUGUUGUCACACUGUGAGUUCUUUGGCCAUUAUAUCAGGUGGGCUUUCAGUCUUGGUGCCAUAUCAGACAAUGUUGGCUCUGUGUGUCUAGAUCGGCCUCGCAGAUAAAAGCUAAAUCUGCAAACAAACAGCUUCCUCUUUGAUUUGUACAAGUGCAGAAAGCUUGUUUCCUGCAAAGAAUGCUCACUUCCUCUUUCCUGUCAUGCUCUUUGGUUUUGUUGUUAAACGCUUUGCUCUCACGACAGGCUCAAGCUAAAAACUAGAGCUGACAUUCAUGAAAUAUGAAGAUAUGUAGCCGUGUUCAAUAUUUCAAAAUAUUAGAGAGUGGAGUUUGAGCUGACCAAGGAGACACAUAGACAGGACAGGAGGGGCAGACGAGGCAGAGAGAGGCGACAUGUCCCUGUGUUCACAUGUCCACAGAGAGCCACUCCUGUCCACAGCAGGGUCAGUGUCCACCUCAGGACAGCCAGGGACACUUUGUGAUCAGCGAAAUUAAAACAUGAGCAGAGGCUCAAUCCAAGUCAAAAAUCUUUAUCUUCCCUGUCUGGCGUUUGCACAGUCACGUGAUGGGCUGCUCAGUCAUAUUCAUGGUAGAAAGUUCAAAUGCGAAGGAAUCUACAUUUUUAUUGCAGAUGAUUUCUCGUGCCCGCCAUGUCCUUCGCCAUUUGUUCUCUCAUGGUCUAAGAAAGUGUGGUUGUGUCCCCGGCAGGGACAGGGAGCGAGACAUUUUGGCAGACUCACGUGAAGAACAUCACCUUCAGAACAGAAGGCAGGGAGACACAGGUCUCCACAUCAUUGCUGCAGGCAAGGACAGUAAAAACAUAUUACAAUGGCCUGCCACUAGAGGUCAGAAAAGGCCUCCAGUCACUGUAAAGAGACACAUCGGGUGAAUAUUAGUUAAUUGGAUAACAGAUGAAAGUCCUGUGUGGCUUCAGCCUUUACUGAUGCCUGUUCCCCACCAGUGGCGUAAUCUUAUAGUUACUAUUUGCUUCUAGGUCUAGCUAGUUAGUCAUAACUAGUGUUACAUGGGUGUGAUUAUAGGAAUGUUUGUUAUAUAAAAAUCUUCUCGGUAUUAGCUGGUGGUUGGACCUGAUGAUGUAAAAAUCAUCACGGGGAAGGUAUAACAGCAUUGCACCUCCGAGUUUUUUCAAUAGACUGAAACACCAGGUCCGUCCCUAAUGCACUUCCUCAACACACUACCUCAUCCCCCUGCUUCCAGAAGCCGUUCUCAUUCGACUUUGAAAUAUAUCAGCUCGUUCGUUUCCGAUGGGCCAGGAAAAGAAUGCUUCCAGCAUAUGUUUCCCCUCCAUUCAUACAAACCUGAAGUUCACUAGCAAUAACAACACCCAGAAAGAACGAUGGAGUGUUUUGGUCAAACUUCGGCUGAACCCUCUUGGCUGAGGGCUGACCUCCUGGCCAGAGGACGAGGGGGCUAGGAGACCCCCCAUUCAGAGUGAGGGUUGACCAGGGGACAGCAGCAGGAGUGGAGAUGGGGGAGGAGGAGGGAUGCAAAGAUGUAUAUAAGGAAGAGAAGUGGGUUAAAUAUAGUGCUUGUAAUGUUUUAGGUGAGAAAAUUAUGACGGGAGUAAUUAAGAAUUACUGACAGCCGAGUCUGAUUGAACUUGGCUGUUGUCAUCCCUCCCGAACGUCCAUCAUAAACUCCAUAAACCCCAUGAGGAUUUGUGGCUAAUAACACCGAAUCUAGACGUCUGUGUGGUGCUGUCUGGCCUCAGUUCUUGCGAGAAUCAAAAUCUGCCAGAGUGCACGAUGAACGCAUCAGAAAGUUGCUGUGGAGCAGCUCUGCACAGGAGUCAGGCGCAUGAGCAGCACAGACACACACAAACACACACACGCUGCAAGGAGAGUCUUAAUGAGAAACCAGAACUUGCUCUGAGGGGAAACAGGCGCUGACGCAAGAGAGGACAGAGAGUGUCUGCCCUGCUGCUCCGACCGGCAGUGAGAGACACCGAACUUCGGGCCUCUCCUGGGACGCCUCUCGAAGAAAAGCCUUCUUGGGCUAUCGUCUUCACAGCUCCUCCAGAUAUCCUGCAUCUCCUUGAUUACUGUGGACUGCGGUACCAGGACCCUUUGAAACAGUGCUGAGAGUCUGCCUCCUCUGGAGUACACACAUCUCAGUCCCCCGUUGUCAAGGACAGGACACACAGCUCAGUCCUUAUUGCCAAGUACAGGACACACAGCUCAAUCUUCAUUGACAAGGACGGGACACACAGCUCAUUCUCCAUUGAUAAGGACAGGACACACAGCUCAGUCUCCAUUGACAAGGACAGGACACGCACCUCAGUCCCCAUUGACAAGGACAGGACAGACUUCUCAGUCCCCUAUUGACAAAGACACCAUGAACUGCUCAAGCUCUGCUGACAAUCAAACAAUCUUCCAGCCAAUUGUGAUCUUCAGAACUGUCACAAACUUGUUCGUCUUCUGCGUCGGGCUGCCAGUCAACUGCCUGGCCAUUUACGGCCUGUGUCGCCUGGUGAAGUCUGGCAUGGCGGUCCCCGUCUAUGUCAUCAACCUGCUCGUCUCCGACCUCCUGCAGCUGGCGGUGAAGCCCGUCCUCAUCGCCAGACGCCUCAGCCCCUGUCCCGGGCUCCAGUUGCAGAGGGCGUACGCCGCCAGUAAGAUGAUCCAUUUCUUCGGGCUGUGCGGCAGCAUUUGGUUCAUGGUGUGCAUCGCGCUGGAGAGGUACCUGGUGGUGGGCCGCCCUCUGUGGUACCGGAGCCACCGCGGGCUCUGGCGCACGGGGCUGGUGUCGCUGGCCGUGUGGGCCUUCACCCUGGCGGUGGGCGGUCUGUACGUCCUCGGCCACCUUGUGGUCACCGUUUCCGAGGGGGCGGAGCUGCUGUUCCUGCUCAUCCCCUACUUCCUGCCCUUCCCCCUGCUGGUGUCCUCCUGCGCUGCCACCGGGAGGGCCCUGUCUGGCCCCGGCGCUGGCGUCGUCUCAGCCAGGGAGAGGAGGAGGGUCCUGCAGACGCUGGGCCUCGUGCUGGGGGGGUACGCCGUGCUCUUCCUCCCACGCUACCUGGCGAGGUGGCUCCUGUGGGCCAAGGGCGACAGCCGCCCGGCUCAGCUCUUCUACAGGGUCACGGGCGAGCUGGUGGGCCUGAACCCCCUGCUGGACCCAGUCCUGUACAUCUUGGUGAGGAAGGACGUCAGCAGCCGGCUGGGCUGCCCCUCUUGCUGUGGGAGGCCGACAGGUCGAGCAGCCAGUGGGGAGCCCCUGGACACUGGGCCGGAAGAUGGCGAGACUGAGCGGACACUCUCUUGUGUUGUUUCGAGUGUCUGAGUCUACAAAUAGGUCCAAAA